CUUGUCCAACCGUGCAUUAACCCUUGUCCGAAGGUCAAUAAACGCUGCCUGUGCGACAACUAGAGUGUCCACAAGAGCAAUGGAUCUCGCCACGGUAAAUGCGCUUCAUUACGAGGAUUUUGUGAAUAUUUUUGGCAACGUGGUGGAGAAAUGUCCCAUUAUAACAGCUGCUGUAUGGUCGAGGCGCCCCUUUGUGAACUUCACUGCUUUGGAGGCUGCGAUCAGUGAAUUCAUCGACGCUCUCCCAGAAUCAGGUAAAGAGGGGAUCCUCAGGUGUCACCCAGACCUCGCGGGCAGGGACCUCCAGAGCGGCACCCUGACCCGGGAGUCACUGGAGGAGCAGGCGGGAGCCGGGAUGGACGCGCUGAACUCCGCGGAAUACUCGCGCAUGGCCCGGCUCAACGACGAGUACAAGGAGCGCUUCGGGUUCCCGUUUGUCAUCUGCGCCCGGAUGAACGACAAGGGGAACAUAUUACUGCAGCUGAGCGAGCGCUGCCGGAACGAGCGCGCGGUGGAGAGGGCGCGCGGCAUCGAGGAGGUGAAGAAGAUAUGUCACCUGCGUCUCCAAGGUCUCGUGCUCAUCGACGCUCCCAACAAGUUAUGAACCUGAAUUAGUGGAGUUUAUACUGGAAGUUAUAACUUUAAUUACUGGGGUUUAUACUGGAAGUUAUAGACUAUAAUAAGUGGAGUUUAUACUGGAAGUUAUAGACUUAUGGAGUUUAUAGUGGUUUUCUCCUGCGCCAGUUUAACCACAUGGAUGUAAAAGACCGUCAUUGUUCUCUGUUUAGGCUUUGAUGUUUGAUUUAUUCAAAAUUUAUUUAAGUGUGUUAUUCAUCCAUCAUACUGUACAAUGAAUUCUCCAAACAAUAAAAUAUGUGUAUCAUUGAUUCUAA